AUGCUCAGAAAGAUCCACUCCAUUCUCCACCAUGGCCCACAGGGAAAGGCGGCAGCAGAGGGUUCCUACUAUCCGGGAGGCAGCCCUACUGUCAGGCUGAUUCGCAGUACCUCCAUGUAUGUGGUUGGGGACCACUUCGAGAGGUCCAGCGUGUCCUUAAAGAAGUACAGAAGCACACACAGCAUGGACACCAGCCUGCACUAUCUGCAGCAGGAGGACCGCGCCUGGAUGUACUCGCGCACCCAGGACUGCCUACAAUACCUUCAGGAGCUACUAGCCCUGCGCAAGAAGUAUCUCAGCAGCCUCAGUGACCUGAGGCCCAGGCACAUGCAGGGCCCUGGGUCCACCUCCUCCAAGUCCUCCAAGGGAGCAACGCCAAAGACCCCAGGAGAAGGCAAGAAAGCAACCUCAAAGAAAUACUCACAGUUCAGCACCGACGUCGCCGAGGCCAUCGCUUUCUUUGACUCCAUCAUUGCAGAGCUCGAGACAGAAAAGCGGCCGAGGACUGCUGAGGCUGACCUGCCUAAUGACGACGUGGACUUUGAUGUGGCCACCAGCUCGCGGGAGCACAGCUUGCACUCCAACUGGAUUCUGAGGGCACCACGAAGACAUUCCGAGGCCAUUGCCGCUCACGCUACUGCAGACAGCCGAUUUCGGAGGAGCACAGAGCACAGGGUCACUGGGACCCAGAGGAGGCUUGAGAGACACCCCAUUUACCUGCCCAAGGCCGUGGAAGGGGCAUUCAACACCCUGAAAUUUAAGCCCAAAGCCCACAAAAAAGAGCUGGGGAGCUCCAGACAGAUCCUCCACAGCUUCUCUAGAGAAGACACAGAGUGGGAUGAGGAAUUCUUCGCCCAGGAGUCCCCAGUGUCCAUGGAGGCGGAUCAUUAUGGGGCAGAGAAUCCCAAAGGGCAAUGGCUGAUUCGAGAAAGACUCUGGGAGAGGACAGUGCCCUGA